CGCAACUGUUCCCCGACUGUCAUGUGACCCACAGCACAGUCGGUCGGCCGUCGACUGUCGCUUGUUUAUUUUCAGCCACAGCAUCUCUCGAUUUCGGAGCAGUUGCCGGUCCCUCCGUCAUCGAGCGUAGAUUUUUCGACGCGAAACAAUUGAAAAAUUCCAUUUUCGAGGAAAAACCUGUCGCGUUUAUGACGAUAUGUUCCGAAAAAAUUGUUAUCAGUGAUUCGGAUUGGGAUGUACCGUUUAAUCGAGUGUUGUGUGAUGAAGUGAUACCAAAAUAAAUUUUAUAUCUAUUAAACAGUGACCUCUUUCCAGUGUGCGAAAUCGAUCAAAAGCAGGAGAAAAUGCUGGGCGUUUUAAAACGACGCUGGAAACCAAAAAGGUCCAGCGCCGGAUCCAGAAUCCCCUGCGAUUCCAACUCUUUGGAAGGAGAUAAGCCUCGAUCUGCCCACCAGGUCCAUCCGGUGCUCGACGCGCGCCACCUGGUGGGCUACGAGAAAACUGAGCGCGCAGAUACUCCACCCCCGCCGCCGCCGCAAAGGUGUCUCCCUCUGGCGCCGAACAUUUGCGUCGAGGCCGGUCAGAUCCAGUUCGUAAAACACGAAGACGAAUCCACAGCGCCCCCUGCGAACGGCACGGUAAACACGGGAAGGGUGACUGUAACGAGAGGGUUGCAAACCGAAGGAGAUGAAUUCUUGCACGUUCAGUCCAAAGUAUUGAGUGUAAAAAGCAAAUGCGGAGGAGAUCAAGGUAUAUCGAUUUUAAGAAAUAUACCAGAAAAUAAAUCAGUAGAGAUGGCUGAACAGGAAGUCACUUAUCAGAUUACCGAAGCCUAA